CGUCAUGGCGGCUACGUGGGAAGAGAUCCUGAAACUGUCGCAGCAGUUCCAGUCAGCCCAAUUUGCCCAGGCGUCACAAAGAUUAUCAGAACGUAAUUGCAUAGAGAUCGUUGCUAAAUUGAUUGCUGAGAAACAGCUGGAUGUUGUGCAUACUCUUGAUGGGAAAGAGUAUAUUACUCCUGCACAAAUUAGCAGAGAGAUACGUGAUGAACUUCAUGUUCGUGGUGGUCGUGUAAACAUUGUUGAUUUGCAACAGGUAAUAAAUGUAGAUCUGCUCCAUAUUGAAAACCGAGCUAAUGACAUUGUCAAAUCAGAUCGAACCAUUCAACUAGUGUUGGGACAGCUUAUAGAUGAGCAUUACCUAGAUCAAGUGGCAGAAGAAACAAAUGACAAAUUACAGGAAACAGGCCAAGUGAAAAUAUCUGAUUUGUGUAAAAUAUAUAACCUUCCAGGAGACUUCUUGAAGCAGGCAUUCUCUGCUCGUCUGGGUAAAAUUAUCUGUGGGCAAAUAGAUCAGGACAAUCGAGGGUUGAUUUUCACAGAGGCAUUUGUCACACGACAUCGAGCCCUCAUUCGUGGUCUCUUCAGCGCCAUCACGAGGCCUACGGCGGUAAUUAACCUAAUCACUCGGCAUGGCUUCCAGGAGCAUUUGCUUUACUCCGUCCUGGAGGAGCUUGUUAAUUCUGGACGUCUGAAAGGCGCUGUUGUUGGUGGAAGGCAAGACAAGGCUGUGUUCAUCCCUGACAUCUACGCCAGAACUCAGAGCAACUGGGUGGAUUCUUUUUUCAAGCAAAAUGGCUACUUGGAAUUUGAUGCAUUGUCCAGACUUGGCAUCCCAGACCCUGUGAACUACAUAAAGAAAAGAUACAAGUCAUUGCACCUCCUGUUUCUGAAAGCAUGCUGUGUUGGUCAGGAGAUUGUGGAUCAAGUGGAAGCCUCAGUGGACGAAGCCAUCAGUUCUGGAACUUGGUUGGACAUUAUGCCUCUUCUUCCGAGUUCAUUAUCUGUAGAAGAUGCUAGCAUGCUGCUUCAGCAAGUGAUGAGAUCUUUCAUUAAGCAGCCAUCAACUUUGGUCUUCGGCGACACUGUUGUGGUCAGCGAGAAGUUCGUCAACAGCUGUGUUGAUCUGUUUAAUGACCUGAUGCACCAGAAAGCUGAAAAGGAAAUGAAAAAUAACAACCCAGUUCACUUAAUCACCGAGGAAGACCUGAAGCAGUAUUCCCUUAUAGAAAAUGCAUCCUCAAGUAAAAAAGACAAAAAGGAUGAAAGAAGGAAGAAAGCAAAUGAGGGCAGCGGAAGUGUGAGAAGUGGUGGCGGUGGAAAUGCUAGAGAAGUCAAGAUUAAGAAAACCAAGAAGAAGGGAAGAAAGGAUGCUGAUAGUGAUGAGGAAUCUCAAGCAAGUAGCUCAAAUCGGAACAAACACAUGGAGAACCCUUUUAUGUCCCAAGAAGAGAUUGAGGAUGUUUUAAGAAAACACAUAAGGGAUUGCCCUGAAGAGCUGAUACUAGAACUUGCUGACCAUCUAGUAAGGCCUUUGGCAAAAAGCUAUCAGGAAGUACUGCGUUCAGUGUUUAUGUCCUCAGCUUCUAAUUCAUCAGGAGCAAGCAGGAAAAAGACCAUCAAAGACUUGCAGGAAGAAGUUUCCAAUUUGUACAAUAAUGUCCGGUUAUUUGAAAAAGGAGCAAAGCAUUUUACAGAUGAGACACAAACUAACAUUUCCAAACACAUGCUGAAGACUGUUUGUACAGACAUUACUAAUUUGAUCUUCAACUUCCUAGCUUCUGAUGUAAUGAUGGCAGCAGAAGACUACACUGUCGUUACCAGCGAGAUGAGAAAGAAGAUUUUAAGUACAUUGCAGGAAGAGAUGAGAAGCCCUCUAACAAAGCUCCACAUUUCUCUGAAUGGCAAGAGUUUAGAAGAAUUUCUGACUGCUCUUGAUGCUGCCACCGAAGCUUGUGAUAUUAUGGUGAAAAGGGGAGAUAAGAAGAAAGAAAGGCAAAUCCUGUUCCAGCACAGACAAGCUUUGGUUGAACAGCUGAAAGUCACGGACGAUCCAGCCCUUGUUCUCCAUCUGACAUCAGUCUUGCUCUUCCAGUUCUCUACUCAUUGCAUGCUUCAUGCACCAGGAAGAUGUGUACCACAGAUAAUUACUUUCUUAAGUACAAAGAUCCCAGAGGAUCAGCAUUCUUCCCUUGUCAGAUAUCAGGGACUAGUAGUGAAACAGUUGAUAAGCCAAAAUAAAAAGAUAGGGCAAGGGGAUGACCAUUCAGUGGAUAACAAUCUGGAGGAGGAAGAGAACACGGAAGCAAUCCGAAAAGAGCUCCAAGAACUCACUGCCUCAGUCAGAGAUCUUGUUCUCCGGCCCCGAAAAUCAUCUGUAACAGAGGAAUGAUAGUCUCAAUAAAACAC